AACCCUCGCUUUCUCCGAACCUUCCCUUCGCCGUCUCCAAACUCCCUCUCUCCUUCGCCUCUCCUCCUCCCAUUCCCCUCUAUCCACGGAGACCUAGCUAGGGUUUACGCCGCGGCGGAGCACCAUACCCCGCGCGCCCAUACCCUCUCGCUCGAUCCCCCCGAAGCCAUGGUCUUGGACUCGUCGAUGGAUUGCGGCGCCCAACCGAUCUCCUCCCCCGUGCGAAGCGCCAUCCGAUCCAUCAAAGAGGUCGUAGGGGACCGCUCCGACGCCGACAUCGUCGCCGUGCUCGCGGAGACCCACAUGGACCCCAACGAAACCGCCCAGAGAUUGCUCGCCCAAGAUUCAUUUCACGAAGUAAAGAGGAAGAGAGAUAGCAGGAAAGAGAAUACAGGUUUUAGGGGUCCUACUGAUGUGAAAACUCAAAAUCAGAGCAGAAUACGGCAGGCAAGACCUCAACGAUCAUGGGAUCAAAAUGCUGGAAGAAGAGGUUAUCCUCAAAAUUCACAACCUGGAAUUGUUCAGGUAUUCCGUGUUUUAAAGGAUGAUAGAAAGAGUUCCAAGGCCAAUAAGGAUGAGGAACCACAAUCAUUUGAAAAUCCUGCAUACGUCAACAAGGAAGAUGUUCUUGAUAGUGUGGACAAGAGCUUCAGUCGAAACGCAAGUGAUCAAAAGCAGAUAGCAGCCAGAAAUUGUGAAGGACAAGUUGUAACUCGAAGCCUGAAUCGCCAGUUUUAUUCUGGUCCAAGUCAUGCCAAAGGACUCAAGACAUACGGUGAUCAUAGGCCUAGAGCUUCGAAAGAGACUGCCACAACCAACUCAGAUCCUGCGAAAGUGGCACAAAAUGGUGUUCAACGUAACUCACAAGUGCUUUCUGCAACAAGCGUCUCAACUCAUGAUAUUGUUUCUCUAUGCUCUUCGCCCUCGGACCCAAUUCAUGUUCCAUCUCCUGAUAGAUCAGCUGGGAAUCUUGGAGCUAUACGGCGUGAAGUUGGAGUAGUUGGUGUAAGGAAACAUUCUUCUGAUCGUGCAGCGACUUCUUCAAAUGGUUUGCACUCAAUUUCAUCAAUGGCGAAAGAUAAUAUUUCCCAAGCCGAGAAGUCAGGGCAAUCUGGGAACUUGUCAAAGAGCAAUUGCUUUAGUCGGCCCACUUCGUCAGAUAGCAGGUUUUUUUCAUCUAGUCAUCAUAAUGGCAAAAUACAGCAGCAGCAAUCUGUGGGUCAUCAGAGAGCUGCACAGACCUUGAAGGAGUGGAAGCCAAAAUCAAACCAGAAACUCCACACUGCCAAUGGUAAUGUCACCAUGACAGCUUCUUCUACCCCUCCAGCUUGUGCUGAUAUUUCUACUAGCUUAAAUCAGGUGGAAGUAGCUGCCUUGUCUGAGAAGAUUGCACAAGCUAAAUUUUUGCAGGAUGAGCAUGUCAUUAUACCUAAGCAUCUUCAAGUGCCAGAGUCCGAGAGGAGUCAUCUAAUCUUUGGUAGUUUUGAAGCUGGGUUUGAUUCUAUUAUGGCCCAUGCAUCUGAUAUUUCAGAAGUCAGGGUUCCAGAAAAGUUGACUGAUCAAUCUUUUGUGAGUACGUCUGCACCGGUUUCUGAGGGCUCAAGUGAAAAUUUCUAUGCUGCUAGCCAGGCAAAUGACAAUGAGUCUCAAGCAGAAACCCAAACUAAUUCUCCAGCAGUAUAUGUGGACGCUCAGCAGUCAUUAUCAGGAGAUACAGAGAGAUUGCAUCCUCAAAAUAGCAGCAAUUAUUCGCAGAUUGGAAAUAUUUCAAACAAUGUCUCUUCUUACAGCUUGUCUGAACCCCAACCUUUUCAAGAUGAUUCAGCUCUGCAAAACUUCAGGGAAUAUGAUCCACAAGCCACAUAUGGUGUGCCAUUUCUCAGCAUGACUGUUGAAGAUAGUGCAACGGACCCGAAUAUAACAUUAGCAACGCAGGUGGGGAGCUCCCAACCGACCAGUAUCAGCCACUUGUCUACUUCUGCAUCUGUGCAGCAGCAGCAGCAAUCUGCAGGACAAAUUUAUCCACAAAUCCACUUCCCAAAUUUCUUGCCAUACCGACACAUCGUCUCUCCUUUAUAUGUUCCUCCCAUUGCAGUACCGAACUAUUCUAGUAAUGCUGCAUACACUCACCUCCCAAACGGAAGCAGCUAUGUGGUGAUGCCUGGUGGGAACUCACACUUAAGUGCCGGUGGAAUGAAGUAUGCGACAUCUCAAUAUAAAACAGUCCAUGCCUCUGGUGGUACCGCCAUAUACAGCAAUUACUCCACUGGCUAUCCCAUUAGUUCAGACACAUUUGGGAGCGCAACUGGCCUCGAAGAUGCGAACAGGAUCAAAUACAAAGACAACGGUCUCUACGUACCGAAUCCAUUGACAGAGACUACUGAUAUAUGGACUCAAACACCAAGAGAUGUUCCCGGCAUUCAGUCGUCUCCUUUCUAUAACAUGUCAGGACAAGCUGCAACAGCAGCAGCACCCCAUGCAGCUUAUUUACCCAUCCACGCUGCUCACCCCUCGUUUAGUCCGACACCGCAGGUAUCUCAUGUGCAAUACCCUGGCACUUACCCUCCCAUGCAGCCCUCCAUGGCCUCUAUCGCAAGUCCGCACCAUAUGGUCCAUCAGCCAGUCCAACCUGGUCUCAGUGGCAAUGUCGGGGUCGGGGUCGUAACCGCAUCCGCGGCUCAGGUCGGAGCUUUUCAUCAGCAAAACCAACUCAGUCAUCUUGGUUGGAAUGCCAACUAUUGAAGAGGUCUUGAAGCCUAUUGUCUGUGUCUCCCGGUUCCCUGUAAUGUGGGGGUAAGUGGCUUUAUAUAAAAAGAUAUUUUUGGAGCUCUAGCUGUAAUGCAAGAUGAACUCUCUAAUGCAUGGAAAGCUUUUCCUUCACUUCAAAAUAGAAGAAUUGUUAUUGGUUCUUCUCUUUAUCACUUGAAAUCAUAAGAGGUUUCUUGCAUUGAAGUUUUAAGUGUUUAGAUUGGUGGCUUCAAUGAAAUAGUUUUUUUCUGCAUGGGUUUUUCUCAGAAACACUUGUUUACUAUGUUAUAUACUCAAAAAUCUGGUAUGACAGAUUACUUAUUAGCGGACAAUUAGGUUCUAGCAUACUAUCUUUUUCGUGCCCUUUCUCGAGUCCUAGUUUGCAUUACGCAGGCUCGGGAAAUUCGACUCUGCAAAUCCAUUCAUGCAAGAGAACUGUAUUGUUUUGUGUGGUUUUACUCUCGUCUCUUACAAGCUGAUAUAUCAAAGCUGAGGUGACAAAAUUUUACUUAA